AUGGGAGUUCAUUUAGAUGACGAACUAGCAAAUGCACGUCAAGGUGUUUACACAUUCCGUGCACAAGGUUCAAUUUACCAUCGUAUUGGAGGUUUCUUACCUUUGAACGAAGGAGAUCGUCCUGGAUUUCUUCAACUCUACAUUUAUGAUACUGAGCAUGAAAAUGAAAAUCGUGCAGCAGAGAAUUCAUCAUUACGCCUCGAUGUCAUCGACAGAAUCAAGAAUAUUUUGAAUGCUCACAAUCCUUUUGUCCACAAUCUCCGCCAUCUUGCUCAGCGUAGUGACUUAAGUGAUUGCAAAUUUGUCAUCAAAGAGCAACCUACAAAUAAACAUCAAUACUCGAUGCCGACAGCUUCGCAAGUAGCAGCAGUUGUCGUUGGAGGUGAUGACAUUUCCAACUUGAAGGAUAGGGACAUCAUGGUAGAGUCAGUAACUUGGCAACUAAGUUAUAUCAAAGACACUGCCAGUUAUUAUGACCCACUGCAGUAUCCUCUACUGUUCCCUUAUGGUUCUUACGGCUGGGAUUUAAACAGUCGAAGUUCCACUGGUAAAAAGUUGACGUGCCGGGAAUUCUAUGCAUACAUGUUUCAGAUGCGGCAACAUCUUGAUUCUCUAAUCUUAAGAGGCGGUCGUCUACUGCAACAAUUUGUUGUCGAUAACUGUGUGAAAAUGCAAGCCAAUAAUUUGAGGUGGAUUGCACUCAACCAAGAUAAGAUACGUGCUGAUUUGUACAAGGGUUUAGAGGAUUCUUUACAUGCUGGAGAGCAUAACACAGAAAAUGUUGGACGACGGACCAUACUACCGUCUUCAUUCGUUGGAAGUCCAAGAGAUAUGCACCAGAGGUAUCAAGAUGCCAUGGCAUUGGUUCAUAAGUUCGGCAAGCCCGAUAUAUUUCUUACAAUGACAUACAAUCCAUCUUGGCCAGAGAUACAAUCAGAAUUGUUGGCCGGACAAGUUCCAAACGAUCGUCCAGAUCUGCUGACACGGGUUUUUCAUGCUAAACUUGAAGAGUUGAAAAAGGAUGUUCUAGAAAGGGGCGUCCUCGGAACGGUUGUUGCUUAUGUAUAUGUGAUUGAAUUCCAAAAGAGGGGUCUUCCACAUGUUCAUAUGUUAUUAAUUCUUGAUCAAAAUGACAAGCUAACCACUCCGGAUGACUUUGAUAAGAUUGUGAGAGCAGUGAUUCCUGAUGAACAACAAGAACCAAAAUUGUAUAAGGCAGUUCUUAAACACAUGAUUCAUGGCCCAUGUGGUGUUCUCAACCACAAAUCCCCGUGUAUGAAACAAGGAAGUUGUAAGAAAGGAUUCCCUAAGGAAUUCUCCAAUGAUACAAAGCAAGGCAAUGACUCAUAUCCUCUUUACCGUCGUCCACAAGAUCGUCCAGCAGUACCAUUGCGUGAGAAUUCACGAGUUCGUGUAGAUAAUCGGUGGGUAGUCCCAUAUAAUCCAUUUUUGCUCUUAAAGUACGAUUGUCACAUCAAUAUUGAGAUAUGCAGCAGCAUCAAUUGUGUCAAAUAUCUGUAUAAGUACAUCCAUAAGGGUUCAGAUAGAGUUUCAAUGGAAGUUCAUAACGGAGAUGAGAUUGCACAAUAUGUCGAUGCACGGUGGAUUUGUGCACCCGAAGCUAUGUGGAAACUUUACAAAUUCCCCAUGACUAGAAUCUGUCCUGCCGUAGAUCGUUUGCAGGUUCAUUGCCAAACAUGCAUCAAGUGA